UACAGCACGAGAGCUUCACGAGAAGGUCCACACCGACAAACACGAGCUACACGGGCUGCCCUGCUUUAACUGGUGACCGUGUUAACUGGUGACCGUCAGCCGAAUGUGUCUGGUUGUCGUGGUUACGGCACGUAGCUGUCCUCGAGAAUGCCUCCAUUGUUUAAUUUUCUCGUUAACGUAAAAAAAUAAAAUAAAUAAAACCCAGCUGCUUCGUCUUUAGUGCGCGCUCUCAUUUCAAUAACUGCCGUAACCACGACAACCACAGAUCUAUUCGGCCAGCGGUCACCAGUUAACACGGUCACUUAUUAAACCGGAACACCGUGUUGAAAGAAGCCGUGAAGGUGUUUUCACGUGCAGAAACGUGACUUAUCACUUUAUCUGACCGUCACGAGACAUUUGAGACAGACACAGAGACAGAGACGGAGACAGGGCUGGACAGAAAGGUCUCACGAUGAGUAAGAAGCUGCUGCUGGACGUAGACUGCGGGGUGGACGACGCACAGGCCAUCAUGUUGGCGGUCGCUGCCCCUGGAACCAAGAUCAUGGGCAUCACGUGUGUGCACGGAAACACCACGGUGGAGAAUGUGUGUAAGAACACACUGCGAGUGCUGCAGGCCUGCAACAAGCUGGAGGUCCCCGUGUUUAAAGGUGCUGCUAAACCAAUCCUCGGGAACAACAUCAAUGCGGGACACUUCCACGGCGAGGACGGGCUGGGAGACGCCCCCGACCCCGACGCUCCGGGUCUGGACCUGCUUCAGAAGGAAGACGCCGUGUCGGCGAUGAUCCGAAUAGUCAACGAGAACCCAGGAGAGAUAUCGCUUGUUGCCACGGCGCCUCUCACCAACCUGGCUCUGGCUGUGAGGAUGGAUCCGUCUCUGCCGAGCAAGCUGCGAGCGCUGUACGUCAUGGGAGGCAACACCGAAUCUCGAGGAAACACGACAGUCUGUGGAGAGUUCAACUUCACCGCUGACCCCGAAGCCGCCUACAUCGUCCUGAACGACUACGACUGCCCCACCUACCUGGCCUGCUGGGAGUUCACCUGCUACAGCAAGCUGUCCUGGGAGUUCUGUGACGCCUGGCUGUCUCAGGACAGCGCCAAAGCCCGCUUCAUGUCCCGGAUCUUUCACCACAGCAGGGCGGUCUCACAGAGCGAGGGCUUCGAGCAGGUGUUCAUCAGCGGCGGGGGUUUGGUUUCCUGCGACUCGUACGCCAUGGCGGCCGCCGUGGACGACUCGUUCGUGGUAGAAAGCGACCGCUAUCCGGUCAGCGUGGAGCUGACGGGCACGCACACCAGAGGCAUGAUGGUGGUGGACACUGUGGGCCUCCUGAAGAAGGCUCACAAGGCGUUCAUCAUCAGGAAGGUGGACAUGGAGAAGUUCGAGCAGAUGAUGAUGGCCGCUUUGAAAUAACGAGUUUAAAAUAACGAUCGGAGCUCACUGCAGCUUUUAUAGAAACGUCUUUACAUUUUAUUUA